CAGUCGAUUUCUCAACGGUACCACUGGGUAUCGGAACCGGCACGCCCCUCCGCUAUAAAGUAGUGUACACAGCAAAACCUCUUGCCUUCUUGGACUAUCCAGCCUUUCUAGCGGUUCCACCUCCACGCGGGAUCUUGUCACCUCUUGCGGAUCUACACUGGCUUUUAGACGCUAAGAGAAGGACAGUGUUCAAACUCUUUCCCCUGUCAACAACCUUCCCUUCUUUGUCCAGCGGAGUGAGACCGAGCCAGGUGGAUAGGACAUCCAGAGUUCUUCGACGACGUCCACUUCUCGCAGUUCGUCAGACUGCUGUCGGUUUCGAUCCACCCCAAGUCUUCAACGGCCCUGACUCCCGGCUCGGUAAAAAAUACUCCCCUGACCUUGUACAUUUUGUCAGACACCAGUAUACUACUACCUUGAGCUUCCCACGGUUUUCUAGAGUCUUUUUCUGUUACUUUUGGUUUGGACGUUUAUGCGAUCAAGUCCGACGAAUCGACAAGCCAAGCAGCCCAAACCGACCACCGAAAAUCAAACAUCAGCCCACUACCUCCUUUCCCCUUAUUAUUUUAUCGCCUGUUUGGUGACCGGCUCAAGCGUGGCCCAAGAAGUGUCUUUCGAGUGGGGUCUGACUGUAUCCGAAAGCCCUUGAAGCCUCACACGAACAUGCUGAUCAGGCGAAGGGGUUGUUGAGACGGGUCACAAAUCAGACGGAGGUCAAAUCAGGGACACAACACAGAGUGAAAACCACACGCCGAAUGCAAGUCAAGAGAACAGACAAAGUCAUGGUCGACCAAAGGAACACGAUUUCUUCGGACGCCAGCACAAGUUCUGGUGCCGUCACCGAGGCUGCGAGAGCUCGCCAAACCCGCCCUGCCUCACAACCUUCUAACCCUUCUGGAAACAGUACUAGUACCAACGGAGUAUCACUGAGCGCCGGUGGCUCUAGAAACUCCCCCGAAAUGUACGAAGAUGACUCGCUGGAACUGUCCCAGCACGAUCAUGCCUCUCCUUCGGAAAGCGUAAAGUCCUCGGCCCACGGCCCGUUAAAAUCAGAAUCCGAAGACACACCCGGUGACGCAACAGGGCAUGCCUCGUCCGAACCCCCGACUCUGCCGGUACAGAAACGCCGCAGAGUCACGAGAGCCUGCGAUGAGUGCCGCAGGAAGAAGAUCAAGUGCGACGGCAAGCAGCCAUGCUCACACUGUUCAAUCUACAGCUAUGACUGUACAUAUGACAAGCCGUCUAACCGACGCAGAAAUCCUGCGCCACAGUACAUUGAGGCACUCGAGAGCCGACUUCAGCGUGCCGAGUCUUUGCUGCGCAAGUUCGUCCCGGACAUAGACCUGGCCGACCCUAAUCUCGACCCGGCAAUCCAGCAAGAGUUUCGGGCUAGGGAACAGGCAAGAGCGCGGGCUGCCAAACUGAAAGGCGAAGCCGCCCCAAAAGAGCCCGAGGCCCAGGAUGCACAAAUCAUGUCCAUGAUCGAUGCAAUCGGGCAACUCGACAUGAAGGAGGACGGCGAGUGCGACUUUCGCGGCAUCUCUUCCGGCGCUGUUUUCUUCGGACGCAUGAAGGAGCACUUCAAGGGCCUACUAAGCAACGAACACAGCAUUCCGUUUCUAUUCCGAAAAGCUGAGAAGACCGGCCUCUUCAGUCUCAAUUCUCCCCAAACCACGGCUGGAUCACCUUGGGAAGCGUCAUCUGUACCAAAUGUCUACGAACUACCCCCCUUAACUACGGUCCAAACUCUGUGCUAUUACGCAUUCAGCUGCGCUACUUGCCUUCUCCGGGUUGUGCACAAGCCGACGUUCUACGAAUCACUCGACAGGUUAUACGAGAAGCCCCAAGAUAGCUGGGGAAUCGAAGAACAUAGAUUUUUGGGUCUGUUGUAUGCUGUCAUGGCGCUCGGAACCAUGUACAACAUUGACGAGAAUCCGGGAAAUCCUACGACUCAUCAGGCAGCAAUGGAGGAAGGGAUCAAAUACUACACAUCUGCACGAUUGCUACUGCAAGACAUCGCGGAAUGCCGAGACAUGACCUCGCUCCAGGGGCUUGUCUUCAUGAUUCUCUUCUUACAAGCUUCAUCGAAUAUGAGCGCCUGUUAUGCUUUCUUGGGAAUCGCCUUGCGCUCCUGUAUACGCAUGGGGCUUCAUCGUCACUUGCGGCAUGCCAGGCUUACCCCUAUCGAAGAACAAACCAGGCGGAGGGUGUUCCACGUGGUGCGGCAGAUCGAUAUAUACGUUUCAGCUAUUCUUGGGUUCCCAGUCUUACUCCACGCCGACGAUAUCGACCAACCACUGCCGACGGAGGUGGACGACAAGUAUAUAACCAAAGAUGCGAUACUCACGCCGGAUCCGGACGAACGCCCAUCCUUUCUCCAGGCAUUCAAUGCCCAUCAUAGGCUGAUGGGUAUUUUGGCUCGACUUAUCAAGUUCAUUUAUCCAGUCAAGGGCGUGGAAGAUUGUGCUCUGAAAAGCGACAACGAAAUGGCCACCUACACUAUCAGUUAUGCGCGGAUCAAAGAGAUUGAGCGACAACUACACGAGUGGUUUGACCAAUUACCGCGGUAUUGGCGGCCUGGUCCCGACGACGACGAUAUAGAGGUGAUUCGUGUUCGAACCCUCUUACGCUUCGCAUAUGGCCACGUGCAAAUGAUGCUGUACAGGCCGUUCUUGCAUUAUGUCUCCGCUCGCAUGACAGCAGGCAAGAGAAUCGACGACCGAUACUACAACUGUGCUGCCGCUGGGAUCAGUGUGUCUCGCAACAUUGUCCACAUUGGCUUGGAGAUUCAGAAACAAGCCCACCUGAUCGGGCCGUACUGGUUCCUUCUUUAUACGCAAUUCUUCGCGAUCCUCUCUCUGGUCUACUACGUUCUAGAAAAUCCAGACAAGACCGGGUCCGCCGAGAUCCUUGCGGAUGCCAAAGCCGGUAGGGAUGUGAUAGCCAAUCUGACCCAGAGAAGCUUGGCGGCAGAUCGGGUAACGACCGCCUUGAACACACUCUUCGACCAACUGCCAGAGCAACUCAAGAAUGGUACCCACCGACCUGCACCAACAAAGAAGAGGUCAUACGCCCCUGGAUCCAAGGCGGGCAGCAACUCCAUCUCUAGCCAUGCUCAGACUAUACUACACGAUACCUUGCCUCAGCGGAGAUCCGAUGAAAUUGUCCGUCCACAAAGCGGCCCCGUUCGAAGAGAGACCCAUCACCGCCAUCCCCAGCGAACAACUUCAUUCGACACUGUGGCACUUCACCAGCCUGGCAUGCCUGGUCACCACUUUGCGACGCAGGUUACGGCUUUUCAAGACCUGCUGCCACUAGACAUGAGCAGUAUGACGGGCUCUGACACAAGCUCGAACCCUGGAGCGCCGCCAGUCAUGCACAGACAACAGCAUCAUCGCCAACAGAGCGGCUUCCAACAAGCCCAAACACCUACAACCGGGGCGCUCUAUAAGCUGGAUGCCAUGAUGUUUCCCUCUGGGGACCCUUUCGCCUAUCCCACGCCACUGCUCGACCAAACAGGAGGAGGGGGGCAUCACGCAGUAUCUGGCCAGCCACCGCCACCCAUCUCGGCCGGAUCUGUGGGACCAACGCCCGGGGCCGCCGGACCAGAUAACAUGCAGCUUUACAUGUCCGGCUUCUACGACGACGGCAGUAUUGAAGGACAAGUACUGGGCCCAGUAGCGCCCUACCUGAUGCAACACGGCGGGCCAGAGCCGCCGCACGCUGGGGUUUUGGAUCCUGCAGCGCAAAUGUCCUACACAACAAUGCUGAACUUGCAACUCCAGCAUCAACAACGGCAACAGCAGCAACAGCAGCAACAGCAACACGGGCAAGAUGGAAGACCGGGGUCGGGACCAGGGCGGGGACAACAACAACAACAACAUCCGAGUAUGCAUCAGCGACAUGCAAAUCAGUCACAUCAACAUCAGCACCCGGGACUUCAUCAUCAGCAGCGACACCAGCAGAGCGAUAUGAUGGAGGGAAUUUUUAGGGGCGAAUGGGAGGAUAUCCUUGGGGGUGGAGGGGCGCCGCCAGGGGCUGGGGGAUACCGAUGAUUUAAACACAAGGAACAUAGGGGCGGCUUGGUCGGUGGACGACAUGAAUGAAGAAUUGAGCUACGUCCAGGAUUCUAGCUUGGUGACAACUUGGCUGCGUUGAAAAGACCAGCAGAUCUUCCGCCACUGAGUCCCCAGUCAGGCAUUCUUAUCAGAAAAACAAACCACCAACUUGGCAAAAUCACGAAAUUUAUCACAAAUCUGAAGAGAUGGAGAGCAUGGCAAUCAUGCAGAUAUCGCCUAUGCCAUUUGAGAUGAAGAAGAAAAUCAGCUUGUGUAUGCAAGCUAGGUGGUAUCAGGGGGAGCAACAGCGCCCCGGCGGUAUCACCACCGAGCGAAAUGGAUAGAUCUGAUCUUCUCCAAUCUACUUUGAAAUCAAUUCACUAGGCGGGAUCGUGGAGCACGCUAGCACCAAGACGGUGGGGCCAGAACAACAGCGGACUUUUACGGCGCCGAAAGAAGAGCGGCAGAGUCAUAGGAGGGAUAGAACGCGGACGAGAAUAGAGGAUUACGAAGGAGGAAGGACGACAGGCGGCAUGAAAAACUAUUCAGUCCGCCAUGCGUGAAUGAUAGGCACAGCCUAGUACAAUGGCGGUGAGGAUGCGGUUCUGAUACCCGGCUUCUCAUAUCAGCAUAAUACAGUCGAAGGGGUUUCGAUCACUUCAAAAUUUCCUCACGGAGUUCUUUAGGUACCAGUUCGUAUCUGGAGAGUUUGUAUGGGAGUCAUGAGUAAGGAACAGGAAUACAAAGAGAAAAUAUAAAUACCUAAUCACAACUAUCGUAUUCUCGAUUAUUCAACUCAAAAUGGCGCUG